UUCAUAAACAUUAAAAUUUUCUUUUAAAACUUUUUUAUUGAAUAUUGUGGUAAAUAGACAAAACACAAGUUAAUUAACUAGUUUCUUCGCGAGAAGAAGAGCCGAUAAAGAUUAAUAAAGAUAAAUAUUGAAGAAAUUAAUUGAAAUAACUUGAGAAAAUCGAUAAAAUUAAAAAUGGUGGUAGAAAAGUCGCGCAGUGAAAAGGAAGAGAAAUCAACAAAGCGGCGAUCAGCAUCAAGCAGUUCCAAUAGUUCUGAUAGCUCGUCAAGCAGUGGAAGUUCAUCAUCCAGUUCGAGCUCGUCGACAUCCAGCUCAUCAAGUAGUGGUGGUGAUAGACGUAAAAGACGUCCUUCACGUUCAAAAAGUCGUAGUGUAAGAAAAGCUGACUCAAAAGAAAGGGAUGCAAAAGAAAGACCCAAAUCCCGCGAACGUGCACGUCAAAGUACUGAAAGAGAUCGGGAUGAAAAGCGUAGAUCUAGAUCACGUAGUCAUUCAGUGUCUCCACGCCGGAAGAGAUCUCGUUCAAUCUCACAACGCAGAAAACGUUCUCGAUCAAUUUCUCAACGCAGAAAAGCUCGUUCACUUACUCCAAAACCAACAAGAUGUCAUGUCGGGAGAUUAACACGUAAUGUCACUAAGGAACAUAUUAUUGAAAUAUUCAGUAACUAUGGAGAGAUUAAGGUUGUCGACUUUCCACCAGAUCGUUUUCAUCCACAACUUGGACGUGGUUUUUGCUAUAUUGAAUUUAUGAAUUCUGAUGAUGCUGAAAAUGCAAUGAAACAUAUGGAUGGUGGACAGAUUGAUGGAAACGAAGUUGCUGUUUCGCCAGUAAAUAAUCCAAAACCACCUCAAAUGAGACGAUCACCAAUGCGAAGAGGAGGUCCACCAAAUCGUAAUCGCUGGAGGGAUAUGCGUAACAAUAAUAGACGUCGUUCACCAAUUAGACGCUCUCCACGUCGCAGAUGGGCGUUAUCUAACAACGGACCUUAAAAAUGCAUUUAAAAAAUCAAUUUGUUCUACAAACAACCAUACAUUUUACAGAAGCAGAAGUCCAAUUCGUCGUCGUCGCUCAAAUUCGUCACGUAGCAGCUCACGUUAAAAAUUUGACAAAAUGAUUUCUAUUGCAUACCUACACACAGAAUUUCUUAAAAAUGAUUGAUUGGAUGCUGUAAACUACAAAACAUUAAAAUAAUAAUAAUAAUUGGAUCAAUAAAGGACAAGAAUGAAUGAAACAA